AUACGAAAGUUAUCGAUCCAUUUGCCGAGCGCCAUCAAAACAGUCGUAAAACAGCUAUUAUAAUUUCUUCCAUGAUUUCACUUCAUGUCGGCACCAAGACAUGAAGGUUGUACCAUUUGUACUGCUUUUCGUCCACUUACAAGAUGUUAUAUCUCAAGACCAGCCAGCUAAGGCAUUCGUCCAAUCCUACUCCAAACAACUCCCGAAGAAGAAUUUGCAAAUAAUAAUUUCCAGAAAGUUCUUGAAUUCAAAACCCUUGCCUCAGCCAAAAAGACCAGCACCAAUCAACAAGGGAUAUACAGCCUUCCCUGCAAUCGGAUCGGCCGAAAAGAAACUCUACCCUGUUCCUGAGAGCCCCUACUUCCCUAUAGACACCAACGAACAGAGGGUCAGAGUCAAGAAAGUCCUACCUGACUAUGUCAUCGGUGCUGUAAGAAGGAAAAGAUCAUCUGACCUUCGCCCAAAAGUAAUCGAACUGAAUCUGAAAGAAGAUGACAAUAAAACAGAAGUUGAACCUACUAAAUCUGCUCCCAAGAAGAAGAAAAGAAGCAAAUCCGCUAAAAUGAAAAGAAAUGCCAAAGCAAGGCAAUCACCAAAUAACACUCGUACGAAGACUAAAUCUAGAAAAUUAAAGAACCAAAUGAAUAGGAGUCGGAAUGGAACCAAGAUCAGGAAGAAGCCGAGACAAUUGAAAUACACUAAACGUUCGAAGAGGGGUCACAAAAAUAAAACCAGAUCCGCAGACAAAAAUAUAACCAGGUCAGGAGAUAAGAAGAAGUCGGUUAAUAAAAGGCAUAAACCAACGAGCGGCGAUGGGCAUUCGAAAAAGGCAAAAGAAGUUGGCGAAGCCAGGAGAUUGAUAGCAGCGAGGGACGCCUUGAUAGAAGAUUACCCCUACGUGGUGUCGAUACAGAAGAAUCGCGAGCACUGGUGUGCUGGGGCCCUCCUCAACCCUCGGCUGGUCAUCACCACAGCUAACUGUGUUUGGAAGUCGAGCCGUAUCAGCCGUCUGCGCGUGCGCGCGGGCUCUCGCCACACCGACCACGGCGGGCAGACGGCCAAGAUCCAGGAGGUCAUGAAGCACCCCCAAUGGAGCAUCCGAAAGAAUCCGGACUAUGACGUGGCAUUGUUACUGCUGGAUAGGAACAUCAAGUUUUCAGACUCGGUUCACGGGGUAGACUUACCGAAUCGGGUGAUGUUGCCAGCCUUCGAGGACGCCUGGGUCACCAGUUGGGGCGCGGAGCGGCGAGAUGGCGUGGUGGACAAGAAAGACAUGAGCCUCCAAGUGUUCCACACGCGUCUGAUGGACCGGGGCAAAUGCAACAACGUGACGCAGCGGUUCGGGGUCACCGUGACUGACAACUUCAUCUGCCUGUCGCAGAUGGGCAGGAGGGCGCCCUGCACGCGCGACACAGGCGCACCAGCAGUGAGCGAUGGUGUCCUGUGGGGGCUCGCUUCAUGGGGCAUGCGAAGACUGUAA